AAAAAAACAGUCAGGUUACCCUUUUUUUUUAAUACUUACUUACUUUCUCCCCCCCCCCCUUUUCCAUCUUCUUUUUCAUUACUUGUUUAUGGAUUUAAAAGACUCAAAAGACCCUGGCUUUAUCGUUGAAGAAACCGAAGGAUCCAAGGUCUUCGUGGUGGACGGUGAAACUCGCACUGAACCUACCAAUGAAGAUUGGAAGCACCUUCGUGAAGUCGCUGACAAUAUCCCUAAAUCCGCUUACUUGGUUAUCUUAUUGGAGUUCUGUGAACGUUUCACUUACUAUGGCCUGAGCGGUCCCUUCCAAAAUUACAUUCAACAUCCUAACCCGCCGUCUUACCCUGCCGAAUUGCCUGGUGCUAUGGGCAAGGGUCAACAGACGGCCACCGCGUUGACCACUUUCUUCCAGUUCUGGUGUUAUGUCACUCCCAUUAUUGGUGCUAUCAUUGCUGAUCAAUACUGGGGCAAAUACAAGACCAUUGUCGUCUUCGCUUUUAUCUAUUUUAUCGGUCUGAUUAUUCUUACCCUCACUUCCAUCCCUGCUGCUAUUAGCUCUGGCGCCACUUUCCCUGGUUUCGUCGUUGCUAUUAUUAUUAUUGGUCUGGCCACUGGUGGUAUUAAGUCCAAUGUGUCCCCUCUUGUCGCUGAACAGUACCGCAACACCAAACCUUUUGUCCGCACUCUCAAGUCCAAAAUUAACUCUCGUCAUGCUUCAGAUGAAGGCGCCGAUGUUCAAGCCGCACCGACUACCGGUGGAGAACGAGUCAUUGUGACCCCUCAAGCCACCUACCAGAAACUCUUCAACAUGUUCUAUUGGGGUAUCAACUGUGGUUCCCUGGCCGCUAUUGCUACUACCUUGCUUGAAAAGAAUGUCGGUUUCUGGCCCGCUUUCUUACUGCCCACGAUUGUGUUUAUUCCCGGUAUCGCUAUUGUCCUGGUUGGCAAGAACAUGUACGUGCAAAACCCUCCUCGUGGCAGUAUCUUUGUCGAAGUGUUCAAGGUCCUCAAGAUGUCCACCAAGUACGGUAUGGAAGGCUGCAAACCCUCCAAUAUGCGCCGUGAUCAUCCCGAAAUCGCCAACAAGUUGACUUGGGAUGAUGUCUUUGUCGAUGAAUUGCGUCGUACCUUGAAGGCCUGUGCUGUGUUCUGUUGGUUCCCCAUCUACUGGCUUUGUUACUCUCAAAUGACCAACAACUUGGUUUCCAUGGCCGCCACCAUGAAUACCGGUCAUGUCCCCAACGAUAUUAUGCAGAACAUCAACCCUCUGACCUUGGUCAUUGCCAUUCCUAUCAUGGAUCGUGUCGUGUACCCUGGAUUGCGUCGCAUGGGUUUCCCUAUGCGUCCUAUGCUCCGUAUCACUCUUGGUUUCUUCUUUGCUGCCGUGGCCAUGGCUUACGCGGCCGGUAUUCAGACCAUCAUCUACGACUCUGGUUUUGAUCCUGCCCAGCAUAAGAAGAGCAAUGUCAGCGGUGCUUUGAUCGUCCCUGCUUACAUCUUUAUCGGUUUGUCUGAAAUUUUCGCUUCCAUCACCGGUCUUGAAUACGCGUACAAGAAGGCUCCCGAGAAAAUGAAGUCGCUUGUCAUGGCCAUGUUCUUAUUCACCAACUGUCUUGCUGCCGUUCUUGGUUUCGCCCUUGUCUCUGUGGCGGUGCAUCCCAAGCUCAAGUGGAUGUAUGUCGGUAUUGCUUGCGCCAUGGGUGCGUGUACCCCUCUCUUCUACUUCAUUCACGGCAAGAACGACAAGACUGAUGUAGAAGAAGAUGCUAUUGGACGUGAUGCGGAAGAAGAGCUGGCCUACAACCAAAACGUCCAAGUCGUCUCCGACUACGAAGUCGAAGCCAAACCUACCGUUUAGAAAAACAAAAACUAAAAACCAACGCAUGUAAAAGAAACCAUUAAACAAUAGAAAAAAAUUCUCUUUCCAUGUUACCAAUCCUUAU